UUUAAAUUUUCAUGGGGAUAAAUUUUAAGGCUCAAACACUAACUUAAGGUGAAUUAAAGAAAAGAGACUUAUUUUCUUUCAAAGAGUAGAUUCGGAAUUAAGGAACAACAAAUAUGAAAAUAAGAGCUUCUGUUCGUAAGAUUUGUGAAAAAUGUCGACUGAUCCGUAGGCGAGGACGAAUUAUAGUAAUUUGUUCUAAUCCGAAACAUAAACAGAGACAGGGAUAAUAUUUAUAAAAAAAAAAGAACUUCACUUUCUAAGAGACCUAAUGUACAAAUAAAUAAAGAAUUUGUUUUCACAUGAAAUGGAUAUAUCCGUAUAUCUCUGACUCAUAUUUAUGAGAUGGCAAAUAGAAUAUGACAAAACCUAUACCAAGAAUUGGUUCACGUAGAAAUAGCCGUAUUAGUUCACGUAAGAGUGGGUGUAGAACACCAAUAGGAGUUAUUCAUGUUCAAGCGAGUUUCAACAAUACUAUUGUUACUGUUACAGACCCACAAGGUCGGGUCGUUUCUUGGUCUUCUGCGGGUACCUGUGGAUUCAAGGGCACAAGAAGGGGUACCCCAUUUGCUGCUCAAACCGCAGCAGGAAAUGCUAUUCGUGCGGUAGUAGACCAGGGUAUGCAACGAGCAGAAGUCAUGAUAAAGGGUCCCGGUCUCGGGAGAGAUGCAGCAUUACGAGCGAUUCGUAGAAGUGGUAUACUAUUAAAUUUUGUACGUGACGUAACCCCUAUGCCGCAUAAUGGAUGUAGACCGCCAAAAAAAAGGCGCGUUUAGAAAUAAAAAUGGAAAAGAUUCCAAUCCAAGAGAAAUAAAUAAUUAAAUGAUCUCAUCAAAUAAUAUUAUAUUAGUAUGGUUCGGGAGGAAGUACCAGUAUCCACUCGGACGCUACAGUGGAAGUGUGUUGAAUCAAGAGCAGACAGCAAACGCCUUUAUUAUGGUCGUUUCGUUUUAUCCCCACUUAUGAAGGGUCAAGCCGAUACAAUCGGUAUCGCGAUGCGAAGGGCUUUACUUGGAGAACUAGAAGGAACAUGUAUUACGCGCGCAAAAUCUGAUAAGGUACCACAUGAAUAUUCUACGAUAGUAGGUAUUGAAGAAUCAGUCCAUGAAAUUUUAAUGAAUUUGAAAAAAAUUGUAUUUAGAAGUGAUCUGUACGGAACUCUCGACGCAUCUAUCUAUGUCAGGGGCCCUAGACACGUAACUGCUCAAGAUAUCAUCUCACCACCUUCUGUAGAAAUAGUUGAUACUACACAGCAUAUAGCUGUCCUAACGGAACCGGUUGAUUUGUGCAUUGAAUUAAAAAUUGAGAGGGGUCGUGGAUAUUGUACGAGAACCCCAAAUAACUAUCAAGACGGAAGCUAUCCUAUAGAUGCUGUAUCCAUGCCUGUUCGAAAUGCGAAUCAUAGUAUUCAUUCUUAUGGGAAUGGGAAUGAGAAACAAGAGAUACUUUUUCUUGAAAUAUGGACGAAUGGAAGUUUAACUCCUAAGGAAGCGCUUUAUGAAGCUUCUCGUAAUUUGAUCGAUUUAUUUAUUCCUUUUUUACAUGCGGAGGAACAGGACAUAAAUAGAAAUAUGGAGGACAAUCAAAAAAGGGCUAGUGUGCCCUUUUUUACCUUUGAUGAUGGAUUGGAUAAUAUGAAAAGAGAAAUCAUAUUGAAACGUAUUUUUAUUGAUCAAUUAGAAUUGCCUCCUAGGACUUAUAACUGUCUCAAAAGGUCUAAUAUACAUACAUUGCUGGACCUUUUGAGUAAAAGUCAAGAAGAUCUUAUGAGAAUUGAGCAUUUUCGCGUAGAAGACGUAAAACAAAUAUUCGACAUUCUACAGAAGGGUUUCACAAUCGACUUGCUUAAAAAUUCAACUCAGUUUGAAUCCCGUUGAAAUUUUUUUUUCAUUUCGAAUGAAAGCACGAAAUGAAAAAAUUAUAAAUGAAAGACUAUUUAUUAACUAGAAAAUAAUGAAAUAAAAUUUCUAUUAUUUUCUUAUCUUUAUCUUAUUUCUUAUUUUUUAUAACUAAACUAACUAUAAAAUUAU